UACGUGCUUCUUGGUCCAUGAAAAGGAAACUUUUCUGUAAAAGAGGAAAAAAAAACUACAUCUUAGGUUUUUAUUUUUAUUUUUUACAAACCUAGCAUUCGUGGCCAGGGAUAAAGUUUUGGUUGGCUGCUAUUUAGUUUUUUUUUUUAAUGGAUUUUGCAACUUUAAUGAGGUUCUAGAUGCAGCGUAUUUAAGUCUUCCCCUCUACCCUUUUACCGGCCGACAGCCUCUCCUAGUGGCUUUUGACAGAUCGAGAGUGCCGGGGAAGGCCCGCUAGCCUGACCCUAGAGAGGGCAGCAUUCCUCGCAUAGCAUCCAGUUGCGCUGGGGGAAGAGUGCGAGAAGGCAACUUCUGGAGAAAGGAGGCAGCUGCGAGAUCUGCGCCUCAGAGCCGCUGGACACGUAGCAAGCUGGCAGUUGGACCUGACAGGAUUUUCUUACAUCCCUGUAACAGCACUUCGAAUCGAUUUGUUACAGUUUGUUUCCUAGCUCUAAGUUUAUUUCCCCUUGUUGGAAUAAAAGGAGAAAAGGCGCUGUUUUUUUGUUAGAACUAUAUACUAAACAAGCAGCGCCUAUCCUGGAAAACUAAAACGGAUGGGGGUACUGUAUCUAUAACUUUUCUCACUUUCAAAAUGAAUGUGAAGAAACAAAAAGUGCGUCGGUAGAAUUGUCAGUGUCCUUUUCCUCCGUCUUUGUAGUCUGUUGCUUUUUUGAAGCGUGAUGCCAAGUUGCGACACUUUGAGGGUGUAUUUUCAUCUCCGUUUAUGUCAGUGCCACGUUUGAAACUGCGUCUGCAUUUGCGGUACGGUCAUUAGUUAACUCUAUUGCUACGGGAGGCAGCAAGAACUGCUGGGAGGGAAAUUUAUGCGAUAUUGUUGAGGAGCAAAGUCUUCUUUCUAGAUAAGCAGAACAGCGGUCAUCGGUCUUCUGCUGGUCCGGCGGUCCACAGAGGAGCACCUAGCUCCAGCUCAAGCAUGCUGGAGUGAAGCAGGAUGGCAUCAGCCGUGUUUGAGGGCACAUCUUUGGUGAAUAUGUUCGUGAAGGACUGUUGGGUCAACGGGAUACGGAGGCUUAUCAUUAGCAACAGAGGGGACGAAGAGGAAUUUUUUGAAAUUCGAACUGAAUGGUCUGACAGGAACAUAUUGUACUUGCACAGGAGUUACUCUGAUCUGGGUAGGCUAUUUAAAAGGCUGCUGGACUCUUUCCCCGAAGACAGAGGUGACCUCGCACAGUCGCCCCUAAUAGAAGGGCUUGUCAAAAUAAAGGAGGCCAAUGACAUAGAAGCUAGGUUGAACGAAGUGGAACGACUUCUGAAAAAUGCAAUAAACCUGCCUUUUAAGUAUUCUAGAUCUGAAGUGGUCCUUACUUUCUUUGAGCGGUCUCAAUUAGACCAAGUUUUGAAGAAUGACAACGUUCACAAAAUUCAGCCUUGUUUCCAGAGUCCGGUAAAAAUAUCUGAGAUAAUGAGAUCAAAUGGGUUUUGUUUAGCCAACACAGAAACUAUCGUUUUUGAUCAGAUCCUACCCAAAGAGCGACCCACAACCACGGACUCCACAGAACACUUGUUUGAGAAUGGGACUGAGUUCCCUCCAGAUCCAGACAAUAAUGAUGAUGACCCAGAAGCCUAUGUCACCAAUCUGUCCUACUACCAUCUUGUCCCCUUCGAGACGGACAUCUUGGAGUGACUACGUGCUGCAACAUUUUCGGCAUCGCUUCAGACAGGAAUUUCAAGGAUUAAUCUUGAACGUUUCUGGACCUACUCAUCACAUCUGAGUAUGGAAUGCCUUGUGAACAGUUUAGCCACUGUGCCUCAUUUUCACACGCUAUAAUGCUUGUCUCCAUCAAAGAGGGAAACCAAAUUGUUUUUUGAUGUCCAGAUGUCACUCAGCCAUCGGCUUCCUGUUAGGUGUCUUUCUAUGGGACCUCUCACCUGAGAAAUAUGGAACUUACAAGCUGCUGAUGUAACUUUCCUUUGCCCUGUGCAUGCUACAUUAUAGAUGUCAGGCCACCCUCAAUAUGGUUCUAACUACAAACUAAUUAAAGACAGUGUGACUCAAUUGUAGUUUCCCCAUAUAUGUGAAAGGCUUGUGAACAUUUGAAUAAAUUACCUUCCUUUUCCUUACUUAAGUUCAAAUUAUUAUUUCUGUGAAAUCUUCUUUGGGCAUUUCAGCGCUGAUAUAUUUGCAUUGUCCUCUAUAGAAGCCUUUAAUCUUCUUAGCUUCCUUGGAAAUGAAGGACUUUUUGAAACUCGCAUGUAUUUUGUAUGUUAUCCUCAAGGGACAUUGUCGAAUUUAUCCUCAACACGAGGUAUUCCUGGGUUCAUUGUCAGCAAUGGACAAACAUAAUAAGGUCACUAUUUAAUCAUAGGUACCCAUGGUAAGCUGCUUUCUGAGUUCAGACCUUUUAACCUUACAGCUCUAGCUGUUGACAUUAGUGGUGAAAGGUAGCUGGACUUCAUUUAUAUGUUGAACGAGCAAUAUAUUCUGGUUUGUCUCUGUAAAAUUAUUCUGAUUUUUUUUUUACAAUCUUUUCUUUGUACUUUGUACUUCAUCCUUAAUUACAAAAACAAAUGAAUAAUUGUGUUUGAUGCAUUAACUUAGUUACCUAAGCUGGAUGCACUGCAGUCCAUCUCCACUUCAAAAUAAUAAUUAUUAGAACUCUUCAGCGUUUUAGUAUACACAAGCUUUCAUCCGGACAUAUUUUGAGUUCUAAUAAAGAUUAUUUUGGAGUGGAUAAAAUUUGUGUUGACCUUAUUUUACUGCCUUUGCUGAUUUUUACUGGAUAGCACAUCAACAAUUUUUGAGUUUGCGUUCCUUUUUUUUUCAGAAUGUUAACUAAAAAAAAAGGAAAUUAUAAAGCUUCUGAUUUAUGCUGCGUAAGGACUUAUUAUGAUGUAUUACAGUUAUUCAAACAGCCAUUUUCUUGCAAUUUGCAAAAAAAAAUGCCAAUUUUAGUCUGGAGUUAAUUUUAAAAUAACACAUUUACAUUAUUUUCCUAAUUCAGUACCUUACAGUAUGUGUGCAGGCUUUGGAAUCGAAGCAGGCCAAUUAUAUUUUUUGUGAAUGAAAAACAUAUAGUGUAUUUUGAUGUUUCAUGUGCAGAAUUUAGAUUUUGUGAUGGCUGGUUUCUUAUUAAUUAAUUAAUUAAUUGCUUUCUAACUACUAGGCUACAAUUAGCUUCAAAGACACUUUUGUAGUUGAAGAGGCUAUAUACAUAUAGAUUCAUAAAAGUGAAAUGUGUUUCUUUGUUGUAUCACAAAAAAAGUAUCUGUCAUUUUGUUGACACAUUUGUUAUUUUAACAACAUCUAAGAUCUAUAUAUUUAUAGAAUAAAACUGGAACAGUGUGGAUAAAACAAAUUAACAAAAAUAUAUCUUGUUUUGAUAAGAUGUAAAGUCUUGAAAUUACAAAUAUGUAGCUAUCAAUAUGUGACUAUAAAAUAGUUGUGCAUAACAGUUUGACAGGCAUUGGGUAAAUUCUGAAGGUUUUAUCUUCUUUACCAUUAACUUUGCUGGAACUUGAGAAUUAAUGUUUUUUUUAAUUCAUAGUAGUGCUGCUAACAAACUUGUUCUCAGUGUGUGCACUUCAAAGGCUAAUCACAAUGGGCCAAGAUUUUUAAAGGCUCAGAGUUCCCAAUGGCAGUGUGCUUGCCUUAUUGUUUGAAUCUGUUGGCUUUGGAUACCAUGUAAUGAGAGACUUGGCAAUCAAAUAUACAUCUGUCAGGCCUUCGGUGAUUAGUAAAGCAGUCAUGUCCAUUUUCACUUGUGAGAAAAUGCUGCAGUUUCGUGAAGCAAUUUGCUUUUCUAAGCAACCUACAUGAUGCUUCUCAAAAUGUCCACUAUUCCAAUAGAUAGUUUAGUGGUGGAGGAAAACGCAUACUUUAUUUUUAAACAUAUUAAACAAGUGGAAAGAAAUUCAAACAUUUUAUUAUUUGGAACUUUAAGCUUAUUUUAUGGUAUAAGACAAGCAUUUACAUCCUUCUUUGUGAUCAUUGGAAAAAUGGAAGUUAUUAUUCUAAGUAGCAAGAAAUUUAAAUGUCAUGGCUUCUUAAUUUUUUUGAAAACCCGCUUUUCCGUAUUUUACGAAUGUUGGUAAUGCCAAAAGACCCCCAAAAGUGGUAACUGUAGAUGAGAAACAAUUGUUAAGAUGGUGAAUUGAAAUAAAUGAAGUAGUAUAUUUAAAACAUACAUCUGGGUAAUUGUGCAAUAUGUGAUCCUAUUCAAUUAAAACAUAUUCAUAAUUAUUAAAUGAAACACGCUCAAUGAUUUGGCCUAAUGAAAUUGGUUUCUUUUGUGAGAAUGUAACCUGAAUCUGAUGAAUUUGCCAGAUUACAAAAAAAAAUAUUCCUCAUAUGAAUUAGACUAUCAUCGCAUCAUAUUAUCUGGAUUAUUCUAGAGCUGGAUUAUGUUUGAGUAAAAACAGGUGGUCAAAAGAAUGACAGGUGACCUGUGUCUGGAUUGAACCCAGAGCUCUUGAACUGACAAGACUCAAAGGCUUAAAUAACCUGUGUUUCAGAGUUUCUACAAAUUAUCGUCGUUCUGAGUUGCCUCCCUUUGCUAGUUCUGUUCCAGUAAAUAAGAUGACAUGAUUAAGACAAAGAUAAUGUAGUAUCAGUACAGAGAAUGUAUUAAGACUGCUUGAGAUUUGCAAGUGUAACUUGAGUAUCCUAGUUCCAACAGCAUAUCAGUAUUCCAAAAUAAACAUGGCAUCCUCUAAACUAAGACAUGAAAGGUAUUUUUGUACUAAGAUGUUAAUUUAAAAUGAUGUGAAGUCUAUAUUUAUUUUUUAUAGAAAAUGGGAACCAAUUUAUUUUCAAAUUGUUUUGCUUCUUUGUGGGCUGUGCCUGUGCUGUACCUUCACUAGAAACAAAGGAGCAAGCUGUUAAAAGGAUCAAAAGUGUCUGAGAAUUCUCCUGUGUCUGGUUUUCAGUAUAACGUUUGAUGUUCUGUUUCCCCUGGUUCUGUUUGAUAAGCACAUUUUUUUUAAUUACAGGAAUUUAACAUAUCAGAGCAAUAUAUAUGUAAAAUCUAAUAAACUGCUUCCUGCUUCUGUCAGCAAUUAGUGCAAGGUUUAUUAAAGGCAUUUUCUAAUUA